CCGGCCUUCGCACUCGCUCGCUCACUCGCUUGCCCAACCGCACUCACUCGCUCGUGCUCUCUCGCACGCUUCUCGCCGCUCGUCGGCCUUCCCCUUCUCACCUGCCUCCCCUCUCCCCGCCGCUCGCCGGCCUCACGCUCCCCUCUCCCCAUCGCUGGCCUCACCCUCCCCUCUCCCCAUCGCUGACCUCACCCUCCCUCUCCCUCUCCCUCUUCCUUUCCACCACCCCGCCUCCACUCACACCCCGGAGGUAAAAAAAUCAAUCUUUUGAGCCGGCGACGAGCUUCUACUCUGGAAUAUGCAAUAGAGGCGUGGAUGUGGAGCGCCAGCGCUGGAUCUGGGCGAGGGAGGCAUGGAUGUGGAGCGGCACCCGAGCGGUGGAUCGGGAGCAGCGCCGGAGCAGUGGAGCGGCGGAUCUGGAGCAGAGUCUUCGUCCUCACGGUGCACACGUCGUCGUCUUCGUCAGACGUCCCCACCUCGCUGACGCAUUCGAUCCGCGCAUGCUGUGUUCUCUCGGUAAAGUGAAGUUACAGGAAAAAAGUACUCACCAGUUUCAAGGAGAUGAACUUGUUUGGGAAGUGGAAGCAGAGUUGUCUGAAUUUUCAGUAUGUGAGUUUCAUCAGAUAUUAGAGGCUACAAGUAACUUUUCUGAGGAAAACAAAAUUGGCGAAGGUGGAUUUGGCCCGGUUUAUAAGGAUGAUCGACGGGUGCAUGUCAUAGAGAGAGACCUGACAGAGCCUGAUAGAAUUGUGGGUGAAUUGUUACAACCUGGAGGUUACUUGAAAUUGAUAGAAUUGGGUCUGCAGGAAAAUUUGGUCGAAAAGGGAUGGCAUGCCGACGUGUACAAUGGACAGCUUGCUGAUGGACAGUUUGUGGCAGUGAAGAGAAUGUUGCGCGGGAGGCCGAGGCGGGCAGGCGCUGCUGGUGGCGGGACGAGCAACUGGAGCAGGAGGUCAUCGCCAAGCUCGGCUGGGGCCGCCUUGGCGACGCCUAUGCCAGGACCUUCUACCUCGGGAAAAGAAGCAAUUAUCCAUCCUGUGAGUGAGAUCAUCAACACACACACUAUGUCAACAGAGCAAGCAUGUUUGCAAUUGGACAAAUGGUGUAUAACAAUGAUCAUCAUCUCUAAAUUUGACAAUUGGACAACAUCAGCAGGAGGACAUCAACAACAUCAUUUUCUCAUGCAUUACAGGUUUCCCAAUUGCAAAGCUGCUGCCUUGUGACCAUGAGGUCAUGGGUUCAAGUCCUGGAAACAGCCUCUUACAGAAAUGUAGGGAAAGGCUGCGUAUUAUAGACCCAAAGUGGUCGGACCCUUCCCUGGACCCUGCGCAAGCGGGAGCUACAUGCACCAGGUUGCCCUUUAUUACAGGUUUCCCAAUUGAUCAUUACACUCCAGUAAUUUCUUCUG